UCAAAACUCGCUUCGCGCUAGCGGUCGAAACCACUCGGAUGUACGUAGCAUAUAAAAGAGCCAGUGUUGCUUUGGUAUUACUUUAUUAGAGCGCAACUGUUCCUAGAGGAGUUCGUACAUGAUCAUGCAAAGGAGGCUGGCUUUGUUUUCUUGAACUUUGACCUGUCGUGACCCCACUCUACAGGUUUGAUCCUUCGUGAGGACUCGUAAACAACACUGCAGGUGAAAUAAAUCCAUAGCUCCGGCCUUCCCCAGGGUAGGACGCUAAAGGCAGGUCCCGUGUUUGAAGAGAGCCACACCUCGGGUACAUUAAAGGACCCACCGUGCUUAUCGAAAAGGGACGAUGUGGCUGAUGACGAUUACUGUGGGGUUAGUGACCCUGGUUUUGGUCACGUGGUUGAGGGACUAUGUAAAACGAUGGCGGAUGCCCCCCGGACCAUUUUUCUGGCCAAUCAUCGGGAACAUUUACUUUUUUAGUGGUAGGAUGUACACCACCUGCACCGACCUCGCUAAGAAGUACGGAGACGUUUUCAGCCUGAAGAUGGGCAUGACGGACGUGGUUGUACUGAACAGUCUGGAUGCUGUAAAGGAGGCUUUUGUGAAGAAGGGAGUGGACUUUGCAGGCAGGCCUUACAUAUUGUCAAUGGACAUAUUUUCUGAAGGUGGAAAAGACAUUGCCUUCACAGACUACAGCCCUACGUGGAAACUGCACCGGAAACUGUUCCAUGGUGCCAUCAGGUACACCAUGGACGACGAAGAAUUCAACACCCUGAUGAAAAUAAACAAAGACACCGAGGAAAUUGUCGGGCAAGGUCUCCUUGCUGACGUCUACCCUUCACUUCGGUUCCUGCCUUCACCGACCCUAACUACCAUCCGAAAAAUGACGAAACAGUAUAUGGGGAUCAUGCAGCGUCAUCUGGAAGAGCACCGAGAAACGUUUGACCCAAGCAACCUCCGUGACAUCACAGAUCACAUGAUCAAGGCUCAGAAGGAUGCUGAGGAGGAGGGAAUCCAGGACAUCAACUCUCUCACAGACACUCAUCUCAGGCAGACCAUCUCCGACAUCUUUGGGGGGGGUACAGACACAACUAUCUUUACCCUACGCUGGGCCAUCCUGUACCUUGCUGUUUACCCGGAGAUACAGGAGAAGGUGGCUGCUGAGUUAGACAGUGUGGUGGGCCGUGACAGGCUGCCGGAGCUGUCUGACCGUGAGGCCACGCCGUACACGGAGGCGACCAUACUUGAGGUCAUGAGGAUGGGAUCCAUUGCUCCCUUAUCCUUGCCACAUGCUACGACUGUCGACACAACUCUGAGAGGUUACCAGAUCCCAAAGGGUACUUGGGUCAUGCCGAAUCUGUGGGCCCUGCACCGUGACCCUGACACCUGGGGAGAUCCGGACGUUUUCCGGCCUGAACGUUUCUUGGAUGAGAACGGAAAACCAGUACCCAAACCUGCGGCUCUAAUGCCUUUCAGUGCUGGACGCCGUGCAUGUCCGGGCGAAGCCGUAGGAAAAGCUGACACCUUCCUCCUACUGGGCGGACUGGUCCAGAACUUCCGCUUCAGCAUACCUGAGGGUGAGGGGCCUCCUGAUCUCACUCCUGAUGAUAAGACUGGAGGUGACACCUGCAUACCCUACCCAUACAAGGUGGUGAUGACCUGCCGGAAGUGAAUGUUGUGACCUACAGGAAGUCGAACAAUAAGCCCGUUUACAGUUCCAACUGUGAAUUGACAAGUCAAAGGUAAAUGCCCCUGAUAUAAACAAAAUCUUGCCUUGAUUAUAUAUAUAUGGCCCACAUCGGUCGGUUUGUAUUUUAAUGUUCAGACCUGUUUUGUUUAUGUCUCAGUUUUCUUUACCUUUGACAUGCGCAUGCCCAGUUGGAUCCUAGAACGGGCUUAUUCCAAAGGCACAGGCGAACAACAAUGCCAUACUCUGGUUAAAGAUGCCUUUGAAACGAGCCAUCAGCGCAUACGUAUUGCAGGAUUUAAUUUACUAUCACCGGUUUGACUUUGAGUUAGGGGAAAAUGAGGGAUUUUGUAGUGUUUUAAGUUUGUAAUUAAAGCAAUUGUGUGUACUAUAUUUAAUAAAAUGAAAAGCUUUUCGCGGUGUAAUGAUAUCGUAGUGGAGAAAAAAUCAAGAUUUUCCUGAUUUGAAUGAUUAUCAAAUUUCGUACUAUUUGAAUAAGAAAAUGCAGGAAAACCAUAACAUUAAACUGUAUAUAAUAUAAGAUAUAUGAAGCCUUGGUCUACAACCUUUUAGUAAUUUUAAAGAUGUCGAAUUGAGACUAGAUUUUGUUUGAGGUUGUAUCUUAAAAGAUGGAGCCUCAAACGAAAAAAGAAGUCUCAAUUCACCUAAUAGGGUGAAUUGAAAUAAUAAAUAAAGAGUAUAGUAAUACUAUUGUUUAAUGGAUAUGGACAAAGGAGUUGAUGGUUAACAACUGUUUCUGGUUUUUGCUUUAAUUUAGUGUUUUUUUUUUCGUGUGUGUUGUUAGGUGUCCGUAGCUGCCAUGCUAUCCUUUUGUUGUUACUCUGUGACUGAAGGGUAACCUCCAACAGAGUCUUGUUGUUUUUGUUUUUCAAAAAUAAAUAACGAAUGAUUGAAAAAAGUAUCUCAAACCCAUUGACCAUUUAUGUAUGUUCAUAAAUAUCUGGUACAAAUAAACUAUAUAGGGCGCAUAGAUUGCUGUAAUAAAACAUUUUUUACUUGA